GCAUUGCACAAAGGGUGGACGGAGAUAGUGCUGAAAAACAGUUUAGACACGAUUGAUACUUGGCAUUUAGAUGGAUAUAGUUUCUUUGUGGUCGGAAUGGGAGAAGGAGAAUGGAGUCGAGAAUCACGGCUAACUUAUAAUCUGUAUGAUCCUGUUGGUCGAUCGAGUGUGCAAGUGUACCCUGGAGGGUGGAGUGCAGUGUAUGUGUACCCUGACAACCCAGGAAUGUGGAAUCUGAGAUCACAGAACUUGCAAAGCUGGUAUUUGGGUGAAGAGCUCUAUGUGAGGGUUUAUGAUGCUGAUCCCAACCCUGCCAAAGAGAAGCCUCCUCCACCAAAUCUCCUUCUUUGUGGCAAGUAUCUAUCUCCUGCUCCAACCCCUGCUCCCUCAGUGUCCCCACCAUCAAGUGCUCCAUCAUCCAACGCAUACAAUCCACACAAAACAAGGUCUCUGAUUUCUAUGAUCACCGCUGCGCUAUGUUUUUCUAUAUUGGUCUCCAUUAAUUGAGACAGUCCACCCUUUUCUGAGAAGAUUGGAGAUAUGCAGAACAGCAUAAGGAUAAAAUGUCUACUGCAUUUCUUUUAAUUAGCUGGUGAAGAAUUAAAGGUUACUUGCUACUGUGUAGUCUAUGUUAGAUUUUCAAUUUAUAGGGGUUAAGAUUGUAGUUUCAUUCUUUUGCCACGCGUGGUGGAUGUUUAGGAUUGUAUAGAACGAUGGAAAAUUGUGCGUGCUUUAGGUUGAA